AUGGAAGCUUCACCAGUACUUCCUCGCUUCCCUCCUCCUCCAAUACAAUCGGACACCCAGAAAAUCAAACAAAAUCUCCUCCAAAAAGGGGUCUACCCAACACCCAAAAUCAUUCACACCCUCCGCAAAAAGGAACUCCAGAAAUCAAAACGCCGUCUAGCCAAACAAACCGCCCAGUCCCAACCCCUCACCGACUCCCAAAAACAAGCCAUCGCCGAAGAAACCCAUUUCCAAACUAUAAAAUCUGAGUACAAAACUUUCACUAAAGCAAUUGACACCAGAAGUGGUACAAGGAUGGUGGGGAGGCCUUGGGAGAGCUUGGAGAGGCUGAAAUUGCGAGAGCUUGCGAGCGAGAGUGAAUUAUAUGGUGGAGAAAAGCUGAGGACGGAGCAUUUGAGAGAAUUGAGUGAUGUUAUUGAGAAUGAGCGUGAUAAGUUGCGGUGGCUUUUGGAUGAUGAUAUUGAAAUGGAGGAAGGUUUGUUCGGGAACGAAAGGCGAAACUGGGCACCGCCGAAGCAGCGCCGUGGCGGCGAUGUCGAAGCAAUUCAAUUUCUUGUUGAUAGGUUGAGUGGGUGUGCGGAGCUGACUGUGAAGGACUGGAAGUUUUCGAAGAUGAUGAAACAGUCGGGUUUGCAAUUUACAGAAGGGCAAUUGCUGAAGAUUGUGGAACGGCUUGGUGAUAAAGGACAGUGGAGGCAUGCUUCAUCUCUAGUGGAGUGGGUGUACAGCUCUAAAGAACAUAGGCAUUAUAAGAGCAGGUUUGUAUACACAAAACUGUUGGCUGUUCUUGGGAAAGCAAGGAGGCCUCAUGAAGCUCUUCAAGUUUUCAAUUUAAUGCGUGGAGAUUGCCACAUAUAUCCUGAUAUGCCUGCAUACCACAGUAUUGCUGUUGCACUCGGUCAAGCUGGUCUUCUGAAAGAGUUGAUCAACAUUAUUGAAUGUAUGAAGCAGAAACCUUCUAAAGGAAUUAAAAAUAUGUGCCGGAAGAACUGGGAUCCCAUCCUUCAACCUGAUGCGGUUGUAUAUAACGCCGUGCUGAAUGCUUGUGUCCCAACCCGUCAAUGGAGGGGAGUUUAUUGGGUGUUUGAGCAGUUAAGGAAAAGUGGUUUGAAACCAAAUGGUGCAACUUAUGGACUUGCAAUGGAGGUAAUGCUGCAAUCUGGAAAGUAUGACCUGGUCCAUGAGUUCUUCAAGAAAAUGAAAAGAAGUGGAGUAGCUCUUAAAGCCCUCACUUAUAAAGUUCUGGUCAAGGCUUUCUGGGUUGAAAGUAAAGUUGAUGAAGCUGUUCAAGCAGUCAGGGAGAUGGAACAAAGGGGUGUGGUUGGAAUCGCCUGUGUAUAUUAUGAGCUAGCGUGCUGCCUUUGCAAUACUGGGAGGUGGCAAGAAGCAAUGGUGGAGAUUGAGAAGCUGAAAAGACUUCCUCGCACCAAACCUUUGGAGGUUACCUUCACUGGAAUGAUAUUGUCUUCCAUGGAUGGUGGACAUAUUGAUGAUUGUGUAUCUAUCUUUGAACACAGUAAAGACCAUUGUGCUCCUGACAUUGGUAUUGUGAAUGCCAUGUUGAAAGUUUAUGCUCAGAAUGAUAUGUUUUCUAAAGCUAAAGAUUUAUUUGAGGAGACCAAGACGGCUAAUCCUGGUUUUAACAUGUGCCGGAAUGAUAACACUAGUUCUUCUGUCAGCCCAGAUGCAUACACUUACAGCUCAAUGCUUAAGGCAUCAGCUAGGGCUCUCCAAUGGGAAUACUUUGAGUAUGUGUACAAGGAGAUGGCUCUUUCUGGGUAUCAGCUUAAUCCAAAAAAACAUGCAGUCUUACUUGUGGAAGCAUCUAGAGCUGGAAAAUGGUAUUUGCUCGAGCAUGCAUUUGACACAAUUUUGGAAGCUGGUGAUAUACCCCCUCCAUCAUUCUUCACUGAAAUGGUAUGUCAAGCCAUUGUACGGCAUGAUUAUGAAAGAGCUCUCGCUAGUGUUAACACCAUAGCUCAUGCUCCCUUUCAAGUCAGUGAACAUCAGUGGAAAGACCUCUUCGAGGAAAACAGAGACAGGAUCAGUAGGACUAGUUUAAAGGAACUGUUGGACACGCUCUGUAAUUAUGAUUUAUCAAAAGAGGCCACAGUGUCAAACUUUUCAAGGGUAUUGCAAUCUCUCUGUGCCCCUGGCAGUUCAAAUGUUUUAUUAGAGUCAGUUGCUUUUGGGAAUGUAACCGCUAGUGAAUUACCUUCAGAUGGUUGUAAUAGGGGAUUUCUUGGCGAUGGAAGUAUAGAUAUGCAUCCUACAAGUACAGUUGGUCUCGACCUUCCUGCAAGAACCCUCAAUUAUAACCCUCGCGAGGAUCUUCAAGUUAAUAAAGGCAGUGUAAUUAGUGUAUCUUCAGAUAACCUCAUUAGUAAUGAUAGAGAGGAGGGAGUUGAUAUAUGUUUGAAGUCUGCAAAUUACGGUGAUAGGAUGGCGAAGCAUCUUGCUGACGACUUGGAACCUAUUGGUUCUAUUGAUUCUGCAGAUUGUUUUCAUGACAGAAACUCAGAGUACAUAGAACAUGGUGACUUUGACGUCGUUAAUGAGUUAGAUCUUGACAUGUCAACCCAUGAAGUUGGUGAUUCUCAUGUAUCUGACUUGCCUUCAGCAUAUGAAAUACUAGAAAUCUGGAAGGAAAGCAGGAAGAAGGAUGGCAUUUACUUUCCCUUUCUUGGCUGGAAGUAA